CGUGCAGCAGCCAUCUGUCAGUCCGUGAGGAGUUGGAUGCGAGUCGAUGUCUGUAUCCCAUCGAUAGGCAUCCAUCCAUUGGUCCGUCCAUUGGCGUCAAUGACACUUCCCAUACACGCACAUCCAUGCCGCCCAUAAACCCAUCCAGCCUCUGUCUAUUCUCUGCCACUCGCGUCUCCCGGCCACUAUCUCUCUGGCCACCAACCGAACAGACACACCUGUCGCUCACCGCCCCACUAUCUCCUUCUCUCUGUCAGCCAACCCAUCAGUCGACCGACAUAUCACAAUCACUCAAUCACUCCAAACCCCUCCCUCCCUCCCUCCCACCCACCCAUGUGCUACUACAACCAUGCAUCUCGUCUCCCCCAUCUUGCUGCUGCCCCGAUCGAUGAACCACUGCAUGACCAGGAGCCAUGCCUGCCGAUCAUCGACGGGCAGGGGGGGAACUACCAGUCGCUGCUCCAGGUAGGACACAGCUGACUGAUAGUUCCCAGGGUCGUUCAGUGGCUGGAUCACUUUCGGACCGCCGAGACGCGGCCGCGGGGCAGGAAACAGUGUGUCUCCUGGGGGCAGAUUCAGCUCCUGCCUUGUGCAAGGAGGCUUCAGGACGCACUUGCCGACGCCCAGCAAAGUCGCAUAGAGGGCCCGGCCCGCUCUCGUCCACAUGGACGGCUUCUCGGGCGUCUUCGGCGGCUUCCACAGCUGCGGGCGCCUCCCGAUGUGCGUCUUCUUGUGCAGACGGCUGGAGUGGGUGACGAGGGGUAGGAGGGAAGGGAAGGGGGGGUUGAUGACCGUCGCGCUGCCCACAGAUGCCCGCGGCUCGGGAAAGAGCUCAUCACCCGCCUCGGGCCCGACAGAGAUUGACCUGCUACUGCCGUUGUUCUCGGUCUCUUUCUUCUUCGCAUACCACACCAUCGAUAUCCGCCGCUGCACCUCAGGCAGUGAGAGGUGAGCUGCCGCCUCCUGACGAGACAUUAUCUUCGGCGCUGCCGCAUCGUCCCCAAUGGCCCACGUCUCUUUGUUGUCAGAGCACUUGGCCAGUGCCGUACAGUGGCCGCCAUUGACCUCCUCGUGUCCGUUGUCGUCCCUGUCAGGAUGGUGGAACUGGACGGCGAAUAGCUCGAAAGGGACGGGGCUGAUGACAGUGGGCAGCUCAAGUGUCAUGGGGGCCGAGAUGCGAAGGGGGCUGGGGUAUUGACGGUCUAUCGUCCCCCAGUUGGUGUAGUGGCACUGUGCGCGCUUCACCGACAGCGCCAGGACGUCCGCCGCAUCGUACAUCUGCUGUCUGCAAUAUAACCAAAGGAAACAAGCAAUGGAUGGAUGAAUGGCUGGAUGAAUGGAUAAACAUCGAUGGAUUUGUGUCAUAGGAGCACCCCGUCUUACUUGUAUGUGAUGCGACCUCCGCAGCCAGAGCACGGGCGCUGGCCUUCGGGCUUAUCAUCUUGCAGCAAGGUCGCCUGGAUGACCUCCGUGAGAUCCCACUCCUUGGACAAAUCCAUCACGUCAGUCACACCAACUUCCACCACCCUCUCCGUAGCCCCAACCGCUUCCCUCCCCUCGCCACACUGACACACCUUCUUCCUCAGAAGGGCACAUCCAAACACCGCCCCAAAUCGGGUCUCCUCCGAGACACCAGCCGUGCUCUCCUCACAUUCGAUAAUUUGCAGGAGAGCACGGAGGGUCUCAGCGGUGUCCUGCUCGCUCUGCAUAUCGAGGUCGUAGUCACUGCCCCAAAACUCGCCACGCGGCUUUUGAAGAUGAGAGAGCAGUGGCGCCAUAUCGAGAAGUGGGGGGCCCUGGCCGGCCGAUGAUGCGACGGUGAGGGUGGUUUCGAUGUCGAUGAACGCCUCUUUGAGGGUCUGCAGGGUGGCGGAGGCUUCACCAACGUUGCGCCUGCACGCCGACAGACAUGAGCACAAAUUGCAAUUGCAAUUGGAUGAAGCGAGGGGCAUGCCAUGCGAUGGCUCUCUCUCAGAGUCUCUCUCUUAUGCAGAGCCCCGUGCAUUGUGCAGCCCUUCUCUUGUUCAUCAACACCAACCUGGCAAGCAGAAAUGACCGCAAUGGAUUGCAGUUGUAGAGGCUGAAGAUAAGGCUGUUGAAAUGGCAGAUGACGCCGGAUUCAUUCCGAAGUCUGAAGGGCCCGCGGCCAUCCAUCGUGUGUGAGCAAUUUGGGGAAGGGGAGGGCUGGGGAGGG